AUGACAGAACUCACGGCAGAUUCGCAAACUCCUCGCCCGCCUCUUGACCCAGUCAUCGAAAACGGCGUAGAAUGCUUCGGUAUCCCCCACUGGUUCGUCCUCGAUGCUUGUCUUGUUGUCGCGACAUCGACCCCGGAACCCUCUGGAAGAAUUCGGAUCGACGAAAAUGGAUUUCUGACAGGACAGAAGUACUGGUUCUUUCUCAGCGAUGGCGCCGCUCGUCUGGACUAUCCUGUAUGCUUGAACUUUUCGGAAUGGACGCCCCUUGCUCGGACGGAGGUACCAGAACGACGGCUUGCGAUAGAUCAACGCGACAGGCCCGUAAUGAACCCGCCUUACGAGGCCUCGUUCAGUGACAUCAGCCUUGCUCUCCAAUACGCCGAUGGAUAUUCUGCCAUAUCUGAGUUGAAUGAAGAACUUCGAGGCAUGCACUUGGUUCCUGAAGCUUAUGCACCAUGGUACAACCACCACCGUAUCUUCGAAUACUUCUCCGAAGAUGAGAACGAUCUCAACAUUGCCUUAGGGCCCGACGCCCGCCCUAUCGAUGAUAUUCGGCAAAUCCUCACCUUGGAAUCCGGCUUGAAGGAAUGUAUGGAUCGACCCUCCCAUGUACUUGCACCAUUUGGCGACAAAUACGUAUCAUUCUUCUUCGCACCGUGGCACAUCGGAUUGGCAGAGAACUACCACAUGCGCACCGCUAGACUCCCUACUCGUAUUCAGGGAUACGCAUUGUUCGUGCGGUUUGCUUGGGCAAUGAUACAGUUGGUGCGGUCGUUUCCAUCGCGCGAGACUCUUAUAAAGAAGAGAGGAAGGGGAGAUUACGAAUCCGCGGAUGGUUCUGAGCAGUCAACAACGAGUAAAUCGCGCAAAGUUGGACGUGAGCAUGCUAGUGAUGGUGUCGGACCGAGCUCUACUGGAGACAGCUGGACGGAAGCAAGUGCCGAGGGCUUAGAUACCAGCUCUGACAUCAGUGACUGCUCCGAUGCAACUCUUGAUGAUGCACGUUUCGCAAGCAAUGCUAGCCUUUCUAACACUCAUGAUGAUUGCGAACGUUCAGAGCUCGGCUCGCCUUCUUUGAUUCUUCAGAGUCAGCCAACUCCAAAGUGUUAGGGACGCGGAAGGUAGGUAGCAUAAUCUUGGGUGC